AUGUACGACGACGCCCCCGAGACCUCUGAACCCGCCAAGGAGCCGGCAUCGGGGGCUGCGGAGGAGCCGAGUGCGGCUCCCACUGCUGCGCAACCCGAUGAGGGCGAUCCCCUCUCCCUGCCACCCCACGGCGCCGAUGUCUUUGUUGGGGGCGUGCCCCGCACGGCCACGUCGGAUCAGAUACGGGACUGGGCCAGCAAGAUCGGAGAGGUACACAGCGUCACCUUGGUCCCAGACGUGACGGACCCUACCCAGAACCGAGGGUAUGGAUUCGUUGUGUUUACAACACGCGACGCAGCCACCGCCGCCCUGGCCCAGCUCCACAGCACGGAGCUGCCGGACCACCCCGGGUUCAAGGUGCGGGUGCAGCCCAGCCAGAGCAAGCACCGCCUGUUCCUGGGCGGCCUUCCCAACUCCCUGACCCAGGCGGAGCUGCGCGCCGUGCUGGAGCCGGCGCUGCGCGGGCUGGAGGGCGUGGAGCUGAUGAUGAGCCGCGAGAACCCGGAGUCCAACCGCGGCUUCGCCUUCCUCGACAUGUACAACGCGGCGGCGGCCAAGGCCGCGCGUGCCGUGCUCUCCGCCCCCGACUUCCGCGUCGGCGGACGCGGCGUCACCGUGGACUUUGCAGAGCCGUCGGCGCGGGGGCCAGGGGCCGACCGCAGCGCCGCGGCAAAGCCCGCCCCCUCGCGCAACGUCUUCGUCGGCGGGCUGCCCGCCGGCGCGGGGGAGGACGCGCUGCGGGAGGCCUUUGCGCGCUUCGGCGCUGUGGACCGAGUGCAUGUACCCCGCCCCCGCGACGGCGAACCCGCCUCCAAGUUCGGCUUCGUGACCUUUGCGGAGCGCGAGGCCGCGACCGCUGCGGUGGAGGCCGGCGACGAGGUGGAGGUGGCGGGCGAGCACGUCACCAUUGGGUACAUGAUGCAGCCGGGGCCUUCAUGGGGCGGCAACAUGAUGAUGAUGGGCGGCGGCGGCGGGUACUAUACCACGCAGCAGGGGGCCUGGGGCGGCGGGGGGGGUGGUCCGCAGCGAGGCGACGGCGGCGGUGCGAGGGGGGGGAGGGGCCAGUCCCGGUAUAGACCCUACUGA